AUGUCGCAAGUUCAUCCUCGGGAGGAACGUAAUCUCGAUAGCCAUGAUCAGUCCGAUGCUCAAGAUCAACCCCAAAUUAGCGAUCAACCUCAAGCCUUAGUUCAACCUAACCGCCAAGGCUCAUCUCAAUCCCAACUUAACAUUGAUGCUGGCAAUUUCACUUGCUUUCCCAAAUUACCUCUCGAACUACAACGCAACAUUUGGGAGGUUGCUGCUGUUCCACAGCCUCGGGUCAUUCAAAUUGAAACAAUUUGUGAGCGAGAUGCUGAGGGAAAAAUUCAUCUCAAUGAUGACGACGAUGACGAUGCUGAUGAUGAAAUUGAACAUUGGAGUCCUACACAGUGUUCACCAACACCGUUGCUUGGAAUCUGUCGUGAAUCGCGGUCGAUUGCCAUGAAGUAUUAUAAAUACUCCAGCUUCCUCGAUCGUCCUCUAUUUUACAAUACAGAUCUAGACACUCUGUGGGUCAGAGGAAAUCCACUUUUCCAAUCCAUCACUAAUGAUUCACCAAGCGAAACGACGUUAGAAGUCCUUUUUUGGCAGAGACGUUAUACCGAACUGGGGCCAUAUCUUUUCCGCUCCGUUGCCCUAGACUUUGCGGGAAUUAAAGCACAUCAUGAGAUUGUACCUUGGGGAGGAAACAUACCGCAAGACCCCAAUAUGUGCACGCUUUAUGCUGUCUCUAAAGCGGAGGUGGAAAAAGUUUACAUUGUUUACUCUUCUGGGGACUGCAGGGAUGAAGUUGACCAGGAAGUAAAGUACUUGGUGAAACGAAUAAAAUUCAGUGCCCGGCAUUCUAACACAUGGACCCAGAGAAUGUUGAGGGAAAAGAACGAACGAGAUGGCACAAACUUAACGAAGUGGAAGAUGCCUACCGUUGAGGCAAUUCUGGAUACUCGACUUCUUAAUCCCGUUGAAACAUUCCACAACUUCCCUGAUCUUCCUCUCAAAGUACGACGCGCGAUUUGGAAACUCGCCGUAAUUCCGCAUCAUCGCGCCAUUCAAAUAGAAACCGAGUAUGAAGGAAUCAAAGUUGAAUCAGAUGGCGGCCGCAUGGCAGUGUGGAAGAACCAAAUGACUUCACCUUGUUAUCCCAAUGCGCUUUUCGAAACCUGA